UUGUAGGAUGAGCGCUGAUCUGGAGCGCGUUUCGCUCAACACAUCAGUGACCUCGGCCGGCCCGGGCGGCCGUGCGCUCUCGGCGAACGUCCGACGGCUCCACAACGCUCUGAACCUUCUGCUGAGCGACCAAGAGAGAGAGCAGUUCAUCCACUGCCUCAAUGUGUACCACGCCAAGCGCAACGUCUACGACCUGGUCCAAACUCUCAAAGUGAUUCUUAACACACCCGGUAAACGCCAGCUGCUGCCCAUGCUGCGCCUGGUCAUCCCCAGGUCCGACCAGCUGCUGUUCGACCAGUACACCUCCGAGGGACUCUACCUGAAGACGGACCUGAUCCCCAGUAACGGCACAGCGGAGGGCUUCGGGGACGAGGAAAUGCGCCAGGUUACCCUCACGCGCUCCAGGAGCCACGAGGGUUUGGGUUUCAGCAUCCGUGGGGGGUCUGAGCACGGCGUGGGGAUCUACGUGUCCCUGGUGGAGCCCGGCUCCUCUGCGGAGAGAGAGGGGCUGAGGGUCGGGGACCAGAUAGUGACUGUGAACGACCUGCUGUUUGACCACGUCACUCACAUAGACGCUGUGAAGGUGCUGAAGGGAUGCAAGACGCUGGCCAUGUCCGUGUGUUCGAUGGGUCGGAUCCCCGGAGGCUACAUCACCAACCACGUGUACAGCUGGGUGGACCCUCAGGGCCGCAGCGUGUCCCCGCCGCCAGACAACCACGAGGUCAACCAAAGGCAGGGGCUGGGAAUGGAGGAGAGAACGGUGAACCUGAAUAUGGAUGACGGUCGCUCUCUUGGUCUGAUGAUCCGGGGAGGAGCUGAGUACGGACUGGGGAUCUACAUCACUGGAGUGGACCCUGGAUCUGCUGCAGACGCUGGAGCAUUGAAGGUGGGUGACCAGAUCCUGGAAGUGAACGGUCAGAGCUUUGUCACCAUCUCCCACGAUGAGGCGGUCCACAUCUUGAAAACAGGACGCCACCUGCUGAUGAAGGUGAGGGAUGUGGGACGUCUGCCUCACGCUCGCACCGUGGUGGAUGAGACAAAGUGGAUCUGCAGUCAGGCCAUCGCAGAGACCAGCGCCACGGUGAACCAGGGCAUGGUAAUCAGCCCCAUUGUCAGUGCUGCAGUCCAGACCAGUGGCAGCACUUGCGGUUCAAGACCGUCCUCAGCCAGAGCUACACCUGUUCUAGGAAAGCCUGCAGGGUACAGAGGUGUGGGCCCCCCGGGUGCUCAGGUGUCCUUGGAGCAGCAGGCCUACAUGCUGCUGACAGAGCCGGAGAGGCAGACUAUGGCGUACUACUUGCAAGAGUACCAGGACGGACACAUUGGAGUGGAGCCGCUGAUCAUGGCUCUGUUUGAGCUCUUCAACACACACGCGAAGUUGUCCAUGUUUGCCGAAGUGAGGAGUAUGGUGGCCCCGCAGGAUCUGGAGCUGUACGACCGGCUGGUGCUGCACAGAGAGAGGGAGGCCCACCAAGCCUGGCACGGAGGGAUUGGAGUCAUGCAUCCACAGGCCCACUUUACCAACGCAGCCCCUGUGGUCCAUGAUCCAGGACAUGGCCUCCCCUCUGCGACUGAUGGCUCUGCUGGUGGCUGGACGGAAAAAGGCGAGGAGGAAAACAUUAAUGCCUUACAAAACAUUACACUGGAGGACAGACAGGCUUCAGGUGAAUCUCCGCCCCCCUUCAGAGCCGCUCCCCUCCAGGCUCAGAGCAGACCAUCCAGAGAGAGGGAGCUCAGAGGGAAGCCUUCAGCCCGGCUGGUGCAGCCCGGCUCCAACCUGCUCUUCAGCGGCCCCACCCGGCUCCUUCAGGAGUGUCUCCACAAGUCACUCAAAUCCCUCCCCACCAUCAACCAGCCCUCCCCAGCUUCCGCCCACCACACCUGCGCUGGGGCCUGCCACCACACCUCCCUGCCCAACCAACUCCACCACACCUGUCAGAGCCCCCUCCAGCUCUCUGACUCUGAACACCUCAACCACUCCCACUUCGCCCAUCACUUCCACCACCACGCUGCUCCUCACAGCCGGCCCAGCUCAGGACACCACACCUGCCCUGGCUUCCUGCACCACCGGGACUCUGCUAAACCAGAAGGGUCCGUCAGGCUAGCUUCCAGAUCGAGCUCCUACGAGAAGUCCUGUGUCUUGUCAAAGUCUGCGUCCUCGUCCAAAGCAGCCUCUCCCAUGGUGUCCCCUCAUCCAUCCCCCCGUCCCUCACCAUGCCCCUCCCCCUGCCCCUCCCUCAUCACACCUGUUGCUCUGCCCUGUAGUCCUGACCGGCCCUGCUCACCUGCUCUGAUCCAGAAAAUCAUCGUAACAGACAUGAACCGACUGUCUGCAGACUCCAGACCCCAGCAGAGAGGAGCCACUCUGUCCCAGCUGUCAGACAGCGGGCAGACUCUAAGUGAAGACAGCGGGGUGGAUAUAGCCGAGGCAGGGGGCCUCAGUAAGGACGGCAGCCCCCGACCCAGCAAGAACCAGCAAGGCCACCAAGAACAGGGAGGGGCACAUGCGCCUCCUGCAGGGGCCACCAGACAGCAGACCGCCUCACCGGUUCCAGUGACCACAGCUAUUUUAGUGCGAGUGAUGAAGAACGCCAGCACCCUGGGCAUCGCUAUUGAGGGUGGAGCCAACACACGCCAACCUCUACCACGCAUCGUCACCAUUCAGAAAGGAGGCUCGGCUCAUAACUGUGGCCAGAUAAAGGUGGGUCAGGUGAUCCUGGAGGUGAACGGCAUUUCCCUGAGAGGUCGUGAGCAUAAAGACGCCGCCCGGAUCAUCGCGGAGGCCUUCAAGACCAAAGAGAAGGACCACAUUGACUUCCUGGUUGUUGAACAGGGACUCUAGGAGGAGGACUUUGCACUUUGUUCCGCUUUGUUCAGGAGGACACUGUUAAAAACGCUUUGAGGGAACUGUAUGAACUCCACAUGUGUGAUAAUCGUGGCUCUCGCUCUGACUGCAGGCGGAGAGUCAGAGAAAUAUUUUCUGAUUGCACUCUACAGAGAUUUGCACAAUUUAGAUCUAGACAACAAUACUUUAUUCAUAUCUGCCAUGAAAGUCAAACCUGGGUCAAUGUGAUUCACAUUUCUUACACUGUUCAACUGAGUUACAUUGGUUUUCAAACCCAGAGUGUUAAUGCAUGUUUCACCAUGAGAUGUGAUAGUAUGCUCCUCACAGCAGAUAACACAAACACAGACUCUUUUAUAUAUCAGUGAAGACUUCAGCUGACUUGUAGGAACAGACAGAAGCUCCCAGAGAUGCGUUUGUGUUCAUUACAUGUCAUGAUUCAUACAUUCAUAAAUGAUUUCUGUUCUUUUUCCAUGGACGGAAGUAACACUACUCGCCGAGGGAAACACUGUUACUGUAACAUAAUGUCAGACACACAACAAAGACCAGUUAGUGUUCAUGUCUUAAUGAAAAUGACGAUACAUGUUCAACAACCUUUCCUUUCAUGAAGAAGACGAGACGAUGACGAGCUGAAAAUACAUCUACGAGUGGAGACAGGACUUAAAUGUUUGUGGCGGACCGUCAGACUUUUAAAAUCCACAAUAGUUUGCCCCACUGUGAUCAGAUCUGUCCACAUACUGAAGGGCAGCCCUGUAACUUGUUGAGUCAGUCAGCUGAUUGGCACGUUGUUAGAUUAUCAUUUAGCUGCAACAAGUGCACCAGCAGGGGGAAAUUAUCUCUGCCUCCGUGCACCCCACUCAAUUUCAUUGAUAACUUAUUUUUAAUUUUUGAUAUUUCACAUUUUUUAGCUGCUGUUAUCUCUAACAGCUCAAAGCCUUCAUUUAUUCUAGUUCGAGGAGCGUAUUUAAUGAGACGUUUCACAGUUUGACCGUCUCUAAAUCAUUAAAGAUGAAAUUGCAGCUGAGAGCGUACAUCCAUAAACCCUCUUAACAAUGUUAAACGUCACCAUACAAACGUAGCUAAUCAUAUAUUAUAAUAAUAAUGUUGCGUAACGUCACAAGCAGGUGCAGGACCCCAAGCUACUUUGACCACCUGAGCAUGUCUGGUACCUACACUGUCUUAAAAGUGCCAUAC